AUGCCACCAAGUCCACGAAUCAACCAACUGGGAUUUAGCACAUCGACAGACUUAGUUAAAGUUGUUCAUCAGCCUGGCUGUUUAGAUCCAAACUGCCUUCUUCCAUCGUGUAUAAACAUCAAGAUGCAAAGGAGUCAUUUGCAAACGUGCACGAAAACACCUGGGACCUGCGACGUUUGCAAACAGCUGAAAAGCAGCGCGAAAAAGGGAGUUUUGCCCUUCAGUCUUACAGGGUCCCCAUCAAUGCAGCCCACUUCCUCGAAAGACGAAGAAGAUGACGAAGUCACCAUAAUAGAAGUGACCCCUAACAUAGCUCGUGAUAACCACAAGAUGAACCAGCAAAUAUCCACCAUGAAAGCUAUGAACUCUGACACUGCUUACAACAACCUAAAGAAUCUACAACAGAUUUCAUACGAUUCUGUGACACGCCAAGAUAAAGCAGCCGUCAGAUAUGGUUUUUCCAAUCAAGCACAAAUGCGUCCAGGAACCUUUCAGUUUAGUAACUUUAACAGCCUCAAUACAAGUAGCCAAGCCUUUCAACCUCCUUUGGAAGUGCUUUGUAAUACCUUACAAGCGCUAAACACCUUUAUCAGGCUGGCGAGUUCAUCUCAGUUAGAGUUGCAAGUUAUUCCUCUGUUGGAGCAAGCCCUUGCCGAUAUGAAAGUAACAGCGCGGAAGCGUCUAGAUCUGGAAGGAGGAAUUAGUCCAAUGCCUGUUCCGAGGAACUCGUCUGUUGUGAUGGAGUACUGUGAUACUGAUGCAUGCAUUCCAGACAACCAGUGGCUCCGAGUCCAGCCACCGCCACCUCCACCGCCACCACCGGUAUCACCACCAUUUCCUUCAUCAACGCUGCAGUCGACGUCGCCAAUGUCAUCAUCAGUAUCUUUGGCCACGGCAUGGAAAUUACCAUCGUCAACAGUUAAGUCAUCCACGACGCUACUUUCCCAUGGUGAAGAGUCGACUUAUGGAGACGCCGAAAAUGACGAAUCCCAGUUUGAUCUGCAGGAUAUCAUUCUGCUGGAUUUCGUAGACGAGUUGCUUGGAUGA